AUGGCUUCGGCAGAGCAGCCCGCGCUUGCGACCACGAAGCGCAAGUUCCACAAGCUCCUCGACAACCUCACGGCAAGCAAUUCGACUACUUCCCUCGCCAGCACUCUGCAAGAGUCGAAUGCUUCUACUGCUUCACUCUCGGCGCUUUCGGAGGCAGGUAGCCCUGAACACCCGAGCAAGCGCCCACGCAGCGCAAAUCUGAGCAUGGAGCGUCAGAGGGGUAUAUCCGAAGGCCAAGAGCGCAUCCGACAGCUCAAGGAACAGCUUAUGACACCACGAAGAGAAGGCACGAUCAAAGUCGUGGGCAAGACCUUGGUAACGCCAAAAACCUCAACGCCAAAAGCCUCCACGCCGCGCAAAGCGCCCAACUUCCAACCAUACAGCCAAGAUCACUUCCUCGAAAGACUGAAGACGUUUGCAGAUGUGCGGAAGUGGACCACCAAGCCGGAUGCCAUCAACGAGGUUGAAUGGGCAAAGCGGGGCUGGAGCUGCGAUAUCUGGAAUACCGUGGCUUGCAAGGGCGGAUGUGAGAACCGUGUCGCGGUAAAGCUGAGGCCAAAGCGCAAAGAUGCUAACGGCAAGGAGCUCGAGAUGAGCGAGGACCUGGCUUUUGAUAUCGAUGAGGCUUUGGUAGAUAGAUACAAGGAUCUCAUCACCGAAGGUCAUGCGGAUGACUGCUUGUGGAGGAAGCGCGGCUGUCAAGAAGACAUCUAUCAUGUCCCUAUCGCAUCGCGGACGAAGAGCUCAGCCGAAUUGCUCGAUCGAUACCGCUUUCUCAAAGCCAUAUCCGCCGACCUUCCCCUCCUCGAACACAUCACAUACCCCGAGCCAUCCAUACAGCACAUCCUUGAACGUGUGCCAUCAUCCUUCUUCACUUCAGCAGGCAUCGAACCACCGCUAUCGCCCAGUGACAUCGUGGCAUUCGUCUUUGCCCUCUUUGGCUGGACCGGCGUCUCAGAAUCCCGCAUAUCCCUUGCGGUAUGCAACCACUGCUUCCAACGCCUAGGCCUCUGGCUGUCCUCCGCCACGCGCCUCAAGGAGAUGAGCAAGAAACUAGACGUGCCCAUUGAAAGCCUGCGCCUCAACCUUCUCGAAUCCCACCGCGAACACUGCCCCUGGAAGAACCCAGAUGUCCAAGCAAACUCAAAAGACGGUCCUAUCGCCAACAUGCCCGCUUGGCAAACCCUCGAAUUCAUGCUGCUCGGUCGUAACAGAGAUAUUGCCGCCGGUAUUCACACCCCGCUUAAACAAACACCCAGGAAGCAACAUGCCAGGAACAACGAUAGCAUCGAUGUGGGCAGUGAGCUCGAGUAUCCGCGUGGCAGUAUGGACAGCGUCGAGAGACCCAAAGACCACGACGACGAUGAAGAUGGUGGUCUGCGCGAGAAGUGGACUAAGCUGAAGGCGAAAUUGAAGCGCAGUGCAAGUAAGAAGAGUUUGAAGAGUACGAAGAGUGGGAAGAGCACCAAGAGCGGGAAAAGUGUUAUGACAAAGGCUGACAAGGAGAAGUCUUAG